GUGACAGCAGUGCGGGCCCAGGUGGAUGGACUUGUGAGGGGUCGGGGAGUUAGGGGAAGUGUGUGGGCUUGGAGUUCUUGUCAUGCCAUCCCAAGCCUUGCUCCCAUCCCUGUCCUCUCACCCCUAGUCUAUUUUGGGUUUGUUUCCUUCAUAUCUUCCCCAUAUUGGUGCACCCAUGGGGGGACCCCAGAGCAGGCUGGCCAGACUGAGGCUCCCUGGUGUCCCACAGUCUCCAGUGCUGGACUUCAGGCCUUCUGAGGGGCACUGUCCAGGGUCUGCUUUCUGCUUGAACCAUGUCUUUGUGUCCAUCAAUCUCUGGGCUUCUGGUUAUCCACCACAAUGGUCUUUGAUCUCCCUCCCCCACCACAUGUGUGUGGCAGAAGAAAGGCAUGGCUGUCUCCCUCCUCCCCUUCCUUAUCUGACUUUUCUUUCUUAAGAUGUACUAAGUUAACCAGUUGCCCAAUCUGGAUGAAAGCUGACCACUUCCCCUUUCAGAAGCUAUCCUUGACCCCACCAGUGUCUCUACACCUUGGCUUGGACUUCUAUCUGCUUCCUCUUUUGGGUGAUGUAGUGGCCUUGGUUGCCUCCUGCAAAUGGCAUAGUUGACUGGAGUGUGAACUGUGGAGGUGCAGUGGAUCAGGAUCUCUACCUUAGCCUGGUGGGACACAAGUGCUCCUUACUGACGGACAGUAAGAGGUCACCUCCACUCCCCUGGGAUCUGGCAAGGCUGUAAGCUCCCCCUUUGCAAUCCUUCCCCAUGGGAGGAGCUGGAGGCUGUGUGGACCAUCAGGACAUGAAAGGAGGUGAGACAAGCCUUAGGGACAGGUCCUGAGGCCACACUGCUGUCCACAAAUCUUACCUGUGGGAGUUUCCUCUUGUGGCUACCCCUGGGGCUGGAAGCACUCCCAGGGGAAAAAAAAAGAUCCAUGUUCUCAAGCCAAGGUGGAAGUCAUGGUUUGGCUGUGAAGUGUCCUCACAGGCUCAUGGGUUGAACACGUGGUCACCAGCUGGUGGUGUCAUUUUGGGAGGCUCUGGAAGCUUCUACAAUUAUGACCUAGCUGGAGAUGUAGAUUCCAGGGGCCAUGUCUUUAGGGAUUGUAUUUCGUCCCUGGACGACUCUUUCUUUGUCUUUACCUCCUGUUUACUAUGAAGUGAAGAACCCUCCUUGUCACACACUCCUGCCACCAUGAUGCUCUGCCCAAAUCUGUGGGGCGAAGAGACCAUGGACUAAACCUUCUGAAACCGUGAGCCAAAUAAACCAUUCCUCCCUUGCUUAUGUCCGGUAUUUGAUCUACAGAUUUUAUAGUUGUGGGAUCACUGAUGAGACUAAACCUGUUCAAGUGGCUCUUAAGCCUUUGCAACUGGCUUGUGGGAGGAAUUUGGCUGUUUGGAGAGACAGGCUGGAGAAGCCCGAGGAUGUUGUAGCAGAGCUUAGUGGGGGAGUCUGGCAGGAGUUGGAAAGGCCAGCAUGCUGACGGAAAUUCAGAGGAAUGCAACAGUUAUGGGAUCAUGGAGGCUUCCACCCAGAUUUCAAAGGAACACUGGAGAAGCUGGGCAAUGUGAGAGGCUCAGGAUCCCUGCAGGCAUCGCUGAGAGGGCUCACAUUAUUGGGAGGUGGUGAAAAGGAGAUCCAGAGCUCAGAGGAAGGUGUUCUGUAUGUCCAGGACCUGGUGCGCACCUUUGGGGACGUGUGCCUCUGGAGGGUGGGGCCGUUGCAUGCAGUCAUCCGCAUUUUCCACCCCACCUGCAUCAAGCCCGUGCUUUUUGCUCCAGCUGUGGUUGCACCCAAGGACAAAAUCUUCUACAGCUUCCUGAAACCCUGGCUGGGGGACGGGCUCCUGCUGAGUUCUGGUGACAAGUGGAGCCGUCACCGUCGUAUGCUGACUCCAGCCUUCCACUUCAACAUCCUGAAGCCCUAUGUGAAGAUUUUCAAUGACAGCACCAAUGUCAUGCACGCCAAGUGGCAGCGUCUGAUCUCAGAGGGCAACACCCGUCUGGACAUGUUUGAGCACAUCAGCCUCAUGACCUUGGACAGUCUCCAGAAAUGCAUCUUCAGCUUCGAGAGCAACUGUCAGGAGAAACCCAGUGACUACAUCGCUGCUAUCUUGGAGCUCAGUGCCCUUGUGGCCAAAAGACACCAGAAUCUGCUUCUGCACAUGGACUUCCUGUAUUACCUCACCGCUGACGGGCGGCGCUUCCGUAAGGCCUGCCACCUAGUGCACAACUUCACAGAUGCCGUCAUCCAGGAACGACGUCGUACCCUCCCUGAUCAUGGUAUCGAUGACUUCCUCCUGGCCAAGACCAAGUCCAAGACAUUGGACUUCAUUGAUGUGCUGCUGCUGACCAAGGAUGAAGAUGGAAAGACGCUGUCAGAUGAGGACAUAAGAGCAGAAGCUGACACCUUCAUGUUUGGGGGCCAUGACACCACAGCCAGUGGUCUCUCCUGGGUCCUCUACAACCUGGCAAAGCAUCCAGAACACCAGGAGCACUGCCGGCAGGAGGUACAGGAGCUCCUGAGAGACCGAGACCCUACAGAGAUCGAAUGGGACGACCUGGCCCAGUUGCCCUUCCUGACCAUGUGCAUCAAGGAGAGUCUGCGGCUGCAUCCGCCGGUCAUGGCCAUCUCCCGCUGCUGCACCCAGGACAUCAAGCUCCCCGAUGGCCGGGUCAUCCCCAAAGGUGUUAUUUGCCGUAUCAGUAUUUUUGGGACUCAUCACAACCCAGCAGUGUGGCCAGAACCUGAGGUCUAUGACCCCUUCCGCUUCGACCCAGAACACAUCAAGGACAGGUCACCCCUGGCUUUUAUUCCCUUCUCGGCGGGGCCCAGGAACUGCAUCGGACAGACGUUCGCCAUGAGCGAGAUGAAGGUGGCGCUGGCGCUGACGCUGCUGCGCUUUCGGGUGCUGCCCGACCACGCGGAGCCGCGCAGGAAGCCUGAGCUGAUCCUGCGCGCAGAGGGCGGGCUGUGGCUGCGGGUGGAGCCGCUGCGCGCGGGCGCUCGGUGACCACAGCCUGCGGGACCCGACCGUGGACAUCCACCCACCAUGCAGCUUCCCAGGGAUAAGACCACGCUGUCACCUGUGUGUGCCCUGGGUCCCCCCCCCCCACCGCCGAUCCCACCCACCCACCAUGCAGAGUCCCAAGGAUAAUAGUGCACUUUCACCUGUGCCUGCGCUGGAACCCUGACUCCACCCAUCCACCAUGCAGAUUCCCUGGGAUAAGACAGUGCUGUCACCUGUGUCUGCCCUCGACCUCAAACCCCACCCACCCACCAUGCAGAUUCCCAGGGAUAAGACCACGCUGUCACCUGUGUCUGCCCUGGGUCCCCCCCCCACCGCCGAUCCCACCCACCCACCAUGCAGAUUCCCAAGAAUAAGACCGUGCUGUCACCUGUGUCUGCCCUGGGAUCCCAAACCCCACCGCCAUGCAGAUUCCCAGAGAUAAGAUUGUGCUGUCACCUGUGUGAGGAUCAGCUUAGGUUGGGUCAAAGGAUUUCAUCAGUACCAAAUGUUACAAAUGUUAGUCUCACUAACUCUCUUCCCAUAUGCUGGCUUCAUGGACUCUGCUUAACCUGAUGAAAAUUUCUACUAAGAACAAAGGGUUGUUAUCCUGGACAAACUUCCACUAGAUGUCCUCAUUCUGGAGCUGAUAACCUAAAACAGUUAUUGCUUCCCUGAAAUUUAAAAAUUCUUUGUCUAUAAAGCCCCCUCCUGAUGUCCCCUUUCCAAUUAGCCAACAGCACAGACACUGAACUGGAAACCUGCCCAUUUCAGGGGAGGGGCAGCAUUGCAUUAAAGAUAAAACCCAAGUGGACUCCCAGCUGUGUGCACUUGCUCUUUGUCUAUGGCGCAUCAUUCUGGAGAAGUAAUUUUGCCUUGCUGGUUGCUUUCUGAGUUGUGUCAUCUUUCUCAUGACACCCCAAUAGCUUAAAGAUAGUUCUGAAAACAUGGGGGCUUGUCCCGGAUUUUCACAUGCUUAGGGAACCAUGGAGACCUCCUUCUCAGGGGAGAUGCAUCCUGCCACCUUGUUGCAGUGGCCUUAGAGCUGGGGGGAUCUGCUAUCUCUGUGGCUGACAAUGAACUCCAAA